UAUCGAACACCCUGUUUAAAUUUUGACUUAAAUUUACGUUCCAAAGCCGAACAUCGAGCUCCUAACAGCAACAAAAACGCAUUUCAUCCUUCGUAUAGUAAGUUAAAAAAAAAGAACUAUUUCCCGUUAAACUGCGUGCAUUGUCGCCGACAUCUAGGCGAUUUACCCACAUUUGCAAACCUUGCGUAAGACACCUAUACCAAGGAAGACGAAGGUCACAAAGAACUAAAGCAGUAUAUAAAUCAGGGUGGUUACUGAUAAUAGCACAUUGUUCAGCACAAUUAGCAGGUUACGAACAGCAACAUGCAAGCCGUGAUUUUAGUAGCCCUUUGCGCCUUUACCGCAACCCUGGCAAGUCCCAGUGGUUUGGGUUUGGGUUUGGGACUGGGGCUAGGAGGAACCGUGUUGAGCACGGGAGGUAUUGCUGUACCUGGAAUUGCCACUGGAGCCGUACUUUCUCCCGCAAUCUCCACUGGAGCUGUGAUUUCUCCCGGAAUUGCCACUGGAGCCAUCGUUGGCGGGGCUAAAACCACUGGUGCCAUUGUUGCUGGACCCACUUCUGCUGGAUCAAUUUCCGUAGGCCCCUCUAGCUCUGGAGGCAUCGUAGCUGGACCUGCUGUACCUGGAGUGGUAUCCGCUGGUGCCGUUCUUGGACUUGGUGCUCCCGCUUUAGUGGCUCCUGCUCUUGGUGCUGGUGUUAUCACCAAUGGAGGUGGAGCUAUUGGAGUGAGCGCUCACGGUGCUGUCGUCAGCGGACCCCCAACUGCCCCCGCUGCUAUUAUUGGGCCCUCCGGUGCUAUUAAAGCUAGCGGUCUGUGGGGACCAACCCUUGUUGGAGGCCCUGCUGCCCUUGGACUGGGAUUAAUUAAAUAAUUUAAUGUAAACCAUACGAAACACCUCUCUUGACUGUAGGCGGAUUUAGGUAAUUUGACUUUCUUCCCCUGUAGUGCAAACAAUUCUUCUUCUAUACCAAGCUGGCAUGAUCGUUCUCAGCGCUGUACUGUCCAAUCCGUCUACUUUAACGAUAGAGUGUUUCUGGGAUUCACAUUUUUUAUUUCACUACGCACUGCCUCGUCGUUUUUUGUGUUAUAUACUUAUAGCUGUGUUUAUAUAAAGUGUUCAAUAAAGAAGUACAUGCUCA